AUGGGCCCCUGUACCGCCUCCUCAUGCUGCUGCCAGGCCCGUAAUCUGCCAUGGGCCCCCGUACCAACUCCUCAUGCUGCUGCCAGGCCCGUAAUCUGUCAUGGGCCCCUGUACCGCCUCCUCAUGCUGCUGCCAGGUCCAGAGUGUGUCAUGGGUCCCUGUACGGCCUCCCAUUGCUGCUGUCUCCAUCGCCACACUCUGCCAUGUGCCACUUUCAGGUCUCCUCACACUGCUGGUGGGUUCCAUUUUUGUCAUAGGGUGCUGUAUGGCCUCCCAUUGCUGCUGCCUCCACCGCCACACUGUGGCUCCACACUCUGGUUUUGGCCCCGUGACUGCCCAAAUGAGUGAAGUGUGCGGUGAUUCUAAGAUUGACGGCACUCAUCUGCAUGUCAUACUGACUGACAGUAUUUAUUU